CGAGGUGGGCGGGGCCGCGGCCCUUGGGCGGUUGCUCGACGGACAGCCCGCGCGGCCAAUCGCGCGUCUCGUGCACUCCCGCCCGUCACGGCAAUGGCGGCGGCUCCCGGCCUGGCGGAGCGCUACUUCACCCGCUGGUACCGGCCAGACGUGAAGGGGCGCGCCGGGGAGGACCACUGCGUGCUGCAGCACUCGAACAGAAUUUGUGUCAUUGCUCUUGCAGACGCCCAUCCGCUUUUGCAGAAGGGAAAAGUAAUUGAGAGAAUCAGCUACCAGAUCAGCGCAAAUUGUAGCAGGCUGCAGAACAAAGUCUCUGGAAAGUCGAAACGGGGUGCUCAGUUUCUAACAGAACUUGCUCCUCUGUGUCGCAUUUUCUGCUCUGAUGGAGAAGAAUAUACCAUAUACAGUUGCAUAAGAGGAAGAUUGAUAGAAGUGAACGAAAGCAUUCUCAGCAAUCCAUCUCUGCUUCAGCAAAAGCCUUUCACAGACGGAUACAUUGCAGUUGUACUACCAAAGUUUGAAGAAAGCAAAAGUAUCACUCGGGGGCUCCUGACACGGGAAGAGUAUGAAGAGGUCUUGUCAAAACGUUUCAAUUCUACUUCAUAACGACCUAGUUCUACAACAGCCUGCUGAACAACUACUUAUUUUGUAGUGGAAAUGUGGAGGGCAGAUUCCAGCAUCUCCUCCUGUGACAAAAUGAGUUACAGGGAUGCUACUUAAGGGAACAACAGAGACUGAGUACAGGAACCCUCCAUUUAUUACAUUCAUGUGCUUGACAUUUUGCUGAAUGUUAACCGUACACACAUCAGGGAGUGCCCUUUUAAGCGAGUGUAUGCAGGGCUGAGCACCACCAUCAGAGUCAGCUGGAUCCUGCCCUUAAAAUACUGCACCAGAGUCCAGGAGGCCAGUGCUGAAAUACCCUCUUCUUUACACGCUAGGAGAUUCUGACGCUAAUAAACAUUUCUUUU